CACGUACCCGCCCACGUGUGCCCAUCCCCGUUAUAUUCCAAACAAGGUAUUACAGUAGAGACGCACGCAGCGAAUAAAAAGAUCAAACAAUGUUGGUGACAGAUCCACAUCUCACAGACCAUCUCUACCUCUUUCACUUCACAGUCUGUUAACUCUAUCAAAAUCAGUCCUAUACGACACGACGUCGUUCAGUCCCUUCUUUUUCCUCCUCUCUUCUGCUCUAUAUAAUGAAACUCUCUGUAUUUUAUUAAAAAAAUCAACGUUUAUUAAUCACAGAACCAUCAAACAGGAAAGCUCUCUCACUCUCAAGAAACACAAGCUCCCAUGGGCUUUCCCGUAGGUUACACAGAGGUGUUCCUCCCGAACCUCUUCGUACAAACGCUUUCCAUACUCAGUUUCACCAGAACCUUCGUCUCCUCUCUCUUCCGCUUAUUGGGCCUCUCCGACUUCCUCGAAACGGAUCGAACCUGGCCCGACUACACAUCUUACCCGACCCGAAUACCCGAACUCCGCUCACCUUUCUCGGCCUUACUCAUCCGCGAGAUCCUACCGGUUAUAAAGUUCGAAGAGGCGACGAGCUCCGGUGAAGAUCUGCCGGAAAACUGCGCCGUGUGUCUCCACGAGUUCGAAGGAGAGGAAGAGAUUCGAUGGUUGAGAAACUGCAGACAUAUAUUCCAUCGGAGCUGUCUCGACCGUUGGAUGGAUCAUGAUCAGAAGACGUGUCCUCUUUGUAGAACACCGUUUGUUCCAGAUGAGAUGCAAGAAGAGUUUAAUCAACGGUUAUGGAGCGCUUCUGGUGUUCAUGACUUCGACAGUGAGUACUGUCCCGUGUCGGAACUUUAGAAAAAAAGCUACUUUUGUCCCAGCCCCUCCCUCCAUCCUUGUGUCUUUUGUACUUUUCACCACUGUACUUUUUAGUUGUGUCUUUUUUCACCUUUGCUAACAUUAGAUUUGCCACGCUUUUAUGUGUGUGUGUAUAUAUGCAUAUGAAUGUGAUGAGCAAUAAGCAUUACUAAAUUUUAAAAGAGAUUAAAAA